AGUGGAGACGCGGGCUUCCCAUGAUGCCCCGCGGGGCACCCAUUCAAACUGCAGGGCGAAGAGGAAUGAGGUCGUGAUGGCAGCCCUGGAGCCGGAAGUGCCGUUUGUAGACGCAGUCCCUGAUUUGGAGUGGUAUGACAAGGCGGAGGAGACCCACGUCCCCCAGAUAGAACUACUUGAGACUACGUCUGUUCAAGGACCUCUCAACCCUUCGGAACAAUUUGGUCCUAGAGACUGCAUGGUGCCAGUUGUGUUUCCGGGGCCUGUGAGCCAGGAAGGCUGCUGCCAGUUUACUUGUGAACUUCUAAAGCAUAUCAUGUACCAACGCCAGCAACUCCCUCUGCCCUAUGAACAGCUUAAGCACUUCUACCGAAAACCGCCUCAGACAGAGGAUGUGGUGAGGAAGAAACCUCGGACCGCCACUGAGACAAACAGCAAGAAAUGCCAGCAAGCCUUGGCAGAACUGGAGAGUGUCUUCAACCACCUAGAGGUCCUCUUUGCCCGGACACUAGUACCACGAGUGCUGAUCCUUCUUGGGGGCAGUGCUCUAAGUCCCAAGGAGUUCUAUGAGCUCGACUUGUCCCGACUGGUCCCUGACAGCAGGGAGCAGAGCCUGAACACGGCGGCUUGUUUGCGCCGUCUCUUCCGAGCCAUUUUCAUGGCUGAUGCCUUCAGUGAGCUUCAGGCUCCUCCGCUAAUGGGCACCAUCAUCAUGGCACAGGGGCAUCGCGACUGUGGAGAAGAUUGGUUUCGACCCAAGCUCAACUAUCGAGUGCCCAGCCGGGGCCACAAACUGACUGUGACCCUGUCCUGCGGCAGGCCGCCCAUCCCUACGACAGCCUGGGAGGAUUACAUCUGGUUCCAGGCACCAGUGACACUUAAAGGCUUCCACUAGUGAAUGAGGGCGCCUCUUAAUUGUGAAAAUACAAUGGCUGAAUUGUCUUUGCCUCUGUGGUACCAAGUCAUUCAACUCUUGCUUGGAUCUAGAGCUGCUUCCUUUUGAAGGAGGAAGAUCGAUCCUUUUGACUGCCUGCCCUCCCUUCUCAGACUUCCUGGUGGGCUGAUGGUGUGGCUAUGGCUGUAAUAAUCAUCAGUGGACAACAUCUUUUUGAAUCACAGGAUUGAUUUUACCAGAGGGUGCUGGGUCAGGUGUUUAUGCUUGGGAUUGGAAAGCAAAUAUGGGCCCACGGACACUCCUGUGAAGGACUAGUUUCUACUUUUUGUGUGGCUUUUCAGGGACAUAAUGUGGGUGUGACUCAUGAACUUAAAUAUAAAAUGAAUGAAUUCAUACUAAAUUUUCCUGGAAAACUCUUGGCUCAAAGAGACUUUCCAGCUUGUGGGUAGGGUAUUUGGCCCUUCUGCUUCAGGGUUUCCAGGAUUUUAUUACUAAUGGUCCUUUCUCUUCAUCAGCCCCAGGCCAAUAUGGAUGGUUAAGUGACUUGGCUAAGGUCCUAUAACUAGAGUGAUAGCAGAGCUGGGACUAGAGUGCUCGUCAGCUAACUCCUGGACCAACUUUCUUUCCUUGCCACAUGCUGGUUUUUGUGACCCUUAGAUUCUCUGUGCCCAAAGCAGAGAUCACCGUUGAUGUGGGUAAAAUCCUGGUAAGGAACUUAACUUACGGGCCACUCAGUGGGACCACUGUGACUUAGGGGAGUAGUCGGGCCUUGUGCUUGUUCGUAGUAAAGCCUCAGUGAAUGUGCUGAAAGAAUGGUAAGAGGGGAGGAGCUCCCUGAAAACUGUUCACCCCGCUGAGAGCAGGAGCUAGAGCUUUGUCCAUCAACAAACGGUCAGCUGUAGCCUCGAGUGCCACGGGUGCUGCUGGUGGUCUGUCAGCGCAGGAGAAGCUGCAGCUCGUCCUACUUCGUUAAGGCAGCCAUUGAUUAAAUGCAUGCCAGGUACCAAGCAUGGGAAUCUGAGGCCUGGGGUCUAAAUGGUCCUGGUGAACCUGGCUCAUCCUGCCCCUCAAAUCUGAGAGGCAAAUGCAGGGGAAUGCGGCUCUGAGAAACUGGGAUGAGAGAGAGCUAAGAAAAAGUAAAACAGGAGGGCAUUUGCAAGUCCUGACUGAACUGUGGGCUGAGGCCCCCCAGGACUGCCCUCUGGGGUUGGCUCCCUGAGGCUAAAUGUCCCUUUUGGAGUUCUCAGCCUGUCCCCACUGCAGUUGUCUGGUGGCUGUUGGCGGUUAUUGCUGCCAGCGUUGUCCUUAAGCAAACCCUGCCCUCCUGCCUGUGGCAGUUCUCCUCAGCUAUCCUGACCCUUGUUUUUAUCCUCUCUGGCUUGAUGCUGUCCUGACCACCAAAUGUGGAAGCUGUUUGUCUUUAGGGAAGGAGAACACCUGCACAUUUCCUGGAUGCAAGCUGAAAACAGAAUCCUUACCCUAUAGACGUUAGAUAUAAAUAGAGACAAUUUUAUAGAGAGAGAGAGAGAGAGCAAGAUUAUUGCCAUUGUUAGGUGCAAUUCCGACUCAUAGUGACCCUGUGUACCACAGAAUGAAACACUGCCCAGUCCUGCGCCAUCCUCAAUUCUUGCUAUGUUUGAGCACAUUGUUGCAGCCACUGUAUCAAUCCAUUUCUUUGAGGGUCCUUCUCUUUUUUCGAUGACCUUCUGUUUUACCAACCAUGGUGUCUUCCAGGGACUGGGCCCUCCUGAAAACAUGUCCAAAGUACGUGAGACAAAGUCUCACCAUCCUCGCUUCCAAGGAGCACUCUGGCUGUAUUUCUUCUGAGACAGAUUUGUUCAUUCUUCUGGCAGUCCACAGUAUAUUCAAUAUUCUUGGCCAACACCAUAAUCCAAAGGCAUCAAUUCUUCCUUAUUCACUGUCCAGCUUUCACAUGCAUAUGAGGCGACUGAAAAUACCAUGCCUUGGGUCAAGCACACCUUAGUCCUCAAUGUGACAUCUUCGCUUUUCAACACUUUAAAGAGGUCUUUUGCAGCAGAUUUGCCCAGUGCAGUAUGUCAUUUGAUUUCUUGACUGCUGCUUCCAUGGGCGUUGAUUUGUAGAUCCAAGUAAAAUGAAAUCCUUGACGACUUCAUUAUUAACUGUUUAUCAUGAUGUUGCUUAUUGGUCCAGUUGUGAGGAUUUUUGUUAUUAGGAUUUGAUAAGAUAAUGUAUGUUAAAGUGCUUAAUGUAUGUGAAGUGCUUUGUAUAUUCUUUAUAUUUUAUACUGUUUUAUGCACUUAGCAUAUAUUAUCAAUAUACGUAUGCUUAUCCCCAUUGUAUAAAUGAGGCUUGGGGAGGUUGAAUAACUUACUUAAGUGGUGAAUAACUUAAGUGGUGAAAUCUGGAUUCAAACCCAGUCCAUCUGGCUCCAGAGGCUGAGUGCUUUACACUGUGCUGCACAUCUUGUGUGGUUUUACUCUGAAAUCAUUAAACACGAUGUGCCCUGCCAGUGGUGGUAGCACUGGGAAACUGCAGGGCUUUCCUCUCGGGCUUCUGAUUCUGGUUCCUGACAUGGAACCUGCCAUUGUUAGGUGCUGAGUAAAUAUUUAAUGAUGAAAACAAAAAGGUUGGAUUCUUUUCUGUGCUGUGACCACUGGAAGCAUAUUGCAUUAGAUGGAAUUUCGGCUGUUUUCCUGUGUGGUGCUGUUACCUCACAAAAGAGGACCAGGGCCGUAUCUCCCACUCAGGGAAGGGAUGUGACUAAAGGGAGUGGGGGAGUUUUGAAACCAGAGGGCUAUAAAUUGUUUUGAGAGAAGACAUAUUAAGCUAAGGCAGCUCCCUCAAAUACUAAUUUUAAAAGCCUUCAUAAAUGAUGCCUAACCCAGUACCCAGUGCUGUCAAGUAUGCCUAGACAGUCAAAACAAAGUGAUUACCUGGGUAAUUUGGACAAUUCUCCAUCAACUUGGCAUAGGGGCCCAGGUCAUUCUGAUUUCAUGAGUCCUCUCCAAGGAAUCCAGAAAUUAAAAGAUCAAUGAUUAAUAUUAACAAAAAGCCCGUCUCCUUCCCUGACAACCAGCUUGCUGAAGAACCGGUUCCUCUGUUCGCACUUGGCUGGGGACUCCUGAGGUGGAUGUGAAGAGGUAGCCUCUGGCCCAGGGAGAGAAGAACCUCAGCUGCAGUGGGGUUCUGGCCUUUCAUCUGUGGCUACCUACUAUGGUGCCUAAAAGGAACAGUUGUGUGGCUCAGGGAUGUAAAUGUAGGUGGUAGUUGAUGGGAAAGUUUAGUCUGUAAAUGUCACCCUUUUUGCAUGCCCCUCCACUCCCUCCUUUGCCAGUGCGACCCUGUACCUUGCCCCAUUGCCUAGGUCUCCAUCUGCCACUUAACUGGAAUCGUCCUAUGAAGGGGCAGAUAAAGAGACAUCUGGGGAACACCGAAGGGAAUGCAGUGGAUGGACCCCUAUCUGUAAGAUCUGGCUUGUGGUGGUGGUGAGGAUUAACUGUCUUAAGACUUCGAGAGCCACAAGGGAUCUCAAAUCUAGUACAAAUUAUUUUCUUUCCAGAUAAUUCUGAAGCCAAAAAAAAUGACACGACUGGGGUAAAAUACAUCUAGUGUCAGGGCCGGGGCUUUUGUUUUUAUUCACAAGCUCGCGCUACACGUACAGUGAGGACACAGUGAGUGUCUAUUACGUGGAAGGACUCAGGGAAGGCCAGAGUACCCAUGGAAUUGGACUACGCUGGGUCUUCCAAUUCCACACUGUAAUCUACCAGUGUUCGGGGAAACUACAUCGUCGGCGCGACAACUGAAGACAUCCGUCCCAAACUGGAAAAGGAGAGGGAAGGGGCCAGGUUUACACCCAAGGGCUCCGCUGGGAGAAGGGCGAUCCGAC